CUCCUAUAAGGACUAGCUAGUUGGUGAACCCUUGAGCUUAUAUUAGUCGGUAUAACAUUUUCUCUAACCGAGUUGCCUGGAAUAAUAAGCAUAUAGCUACAUAAAUACGACUUGACGACCGCGACAUUCACCUUGAAAAGAAAAAGAAUUUUAAAGAUGGGUAACCGACAAAAUGUACAAGUAAAGCUUCCACAAAAUGAUGACGAAACUGAAACAAGACGACAGAACCUGCAAAGUGCUAGAAAUAAAUAUCAAUUACAGCAGCCAACGUUUGGAUUAACAGAUCUCGAACAAAGACUCGUAAAUAUUGUCAAUUUACCACCAAUGCUACGCAAUUUUCCGAAAGAAGAGAAAAGGUCUUUCAAUUUCUUGUUCUUUCAUGGAGUUCGGUUUGUCUUCUCUAUGAUUUAUCUAUUGAUAUUUGGACGAGGUAAAUGGACAAUACCACAAAUGGUACGGCAUUUCAUGGAUUCCAAAAUAUUAAAAGAACCAAAGGGAUGUGAAGUGUGGAGAAAGGAAGAAAUAGACGGACCAAAUCAAACCAAAACACAAAGAGCCCAGGCUGAUCAUUGGUUUGCAUGGCAAAGAAUAAAUGGGCUCACUCGCAAUCUUAUCAGAAAAGUCCAAACAAUUCCAGAACAAUUUGUCCCAUUUGUAAAUAUCAUCGAGGAAAACCACCCCUAUUUGGCGGGAAAGACACUAGAGGCACACAUUCAACAGGGGACAUUGUUCGUUGUAGACCUUUCGGAGAUUUCUCUUAACGAACCAACACUUCUAUCAACAAUGGCUUUGUUUGGGAUAUACAAAGAUGUUUUAAUGCCAGUUGCUGUAUGGAUGAAUAUAACGGACGUCAAGGAUGGAAAGGUAUACAUGCCACGUUUAAAUGGCGACAGCACAGAAAUUCGGCAGUGGGUAAAAAUGAGAAUGUGGUUUAAUAUGCUGGAAGGUCAAUAUCAUAUCUCAGUCACACACAUAGGCUUUACGCAUUUCUUAAUGGAUGGGGUUAGCAUCUGCAUACAUAGGAAUCUUUCGGACAGACAUCCUAUCUACAAGAUUCUUUUGCCUCAUUUUCAAUAUAUGCAUGCUAUUAACACAUUCACAAAGGAUGAUUUACUUUCGGAGGGCGCCAUCUUUGAAAAAACAACUUAUAGUAGGCGUCUCACAUUUUUAAGACUCAUAUCAAAACACAAUGAAAACUGGGCGUAUAAUACACAUGCCUCACUUCUGAAUGGAUUGGAGAUCAGGGGUACAAUGACGAUACCAGGAUACUUCUUUAAAGAUGACGCUUUGCUUUUGCAUAAAGCAAUACAUCAGUUUGUGUAUGAAUAUGCAGCACACUACUAUGGCAAUGAUGAUGUUAAUGUUCAACAAGACCAUGAGAUUCAAUCGUUUAGACAAGAACUAUUAUUACCAAGAAAAACAAAUGGAACCGGCGGAUGUGGGAUGAAUGGUAUUCCGGAAUUUACAAGCAUCGAAAACCUCGUCGAGGUUUUGACAGAUUUCAUUUACAUAUGUAGUGUCGAGCAUUCUGCGGCCAAUUAUCCUGCAUAUGACCAAUUCGCCUUUCCUCCAAACAUGCCAGACAUUUUACAUGGACAACCCGAGGAAGAAAUGAAUGAUCUUGAUGAAGCAAUGCCCACAGGAAAAGAACUAUUUUAUAUAAUUGGUGCUAAACGGACCGGUACUCAAGUACUCACAAACAGUUUGGGAAAUUAUGAAGAUAGUUAUUUAAAGACAAUGGAUAGCGAUGGAAAGGCUUUUGUUAAAAAGUUUCAGCAAAAUUUAUUAGGUGUCACAGAGCAGAUAAAUCAGAGAAAUAACGAUAUUACUGCUGGCAACAAUGGAAAGGAAAUCAAAGAAUACCCGUAUGAAUGGCUUCUUCCAGAAAAUGUUCUUAAUUCUAUAAACAUUUAAUCGCUUAAAAGGGGUUCAAUGGCCCAUGUUAACCUGUUUGAAGCUUGUAAAUUCCCUUGUAACAAGUAACUAACUUUUAAUUGUUUGUUUUCCGAUUCCUUUUUAAUCUUGUUUGUUCUUAAACAAUACCGACCGGUAAACACUGGAUAGCCUACUUUGUUUGAAGAAGAAGUAAAGUGAUAAAAAAAAUAAUUUUUGAGCCAAUAAAGUGGUGUAAUGAUUACAUUUAGACAAACUGAUUUUAGGAUAAACUAAAUAAUUAAACAAUCAAGCUUUUGUGCACGUUUGCAGUUGGAGAAAUCGAAUUCCCCGUAAAUUGUUACAGGCUGAAGUGAUAUAGUACAAUUUUGUAUUGAAAACUGAAAAAUCGAUUAUUUUGACGACAUCCGAUUAAGUAAAGUAAUCAACUGAACUUUUAUUAUGUUUAUGUACAUAUUUUAAUCUAAAGAAUAAACAUUUAUAAAGAGUAUAUCUUUAUUUGAUAAAGACAGCUGCUAUUCUAUUAAUAUCAAUUCAUUGAUACUCGUGUUCGUAUGUUGAUGAUUUUAGAACCUGUUUGAAGAAACGAAUAUUAUGAUGCUGAUAAUUUUAAAACUCACAAUUCUAAACGAUCUAAUUCGUUACAUUUGGUUUCAAUAUGUUAUGUCAAAAAAUGACCCCCUUAAAUUUUUAACCAAAGGGAAAAUACAUUGCUUCUACUGAGGAAGUAGUUAACUAGUUUAACCAAAAAUUUUAAUUCUGCAUAACUGUGUUAAGACCUGAUAAUGCUGAAAGCGCUAACAGUAAGCGAUUUAUUUUAAUUGAGCCGUCGCAUCUUUUUUUUUAUUUAAGUAAUUUUUCUAUAUCAAGACUUUAUUUAUCAACCUAUCAGUUAAAACAUUAUUCUUAUUGUUGAUAGUGUAAACCUUCAGAUUUUAAAUAUAUGUAUACGAUAUGACCAAAUAAAUAUAUGAUGUUUUAGUGUU